UAAAUAAGCAUAAUAAUAAAACAAGUCAUUAGUUGACUGAUAAGUGACAGUCGUUGUAUAACAAUUUUUUAAAAUGGAGACAAAAAAGAAAACUCCGGCAGAGCCAGGGCAAAUGCAACAAAUUGUUGCGACUGCAAUCGUUAAUUUGUCAGCAUUGAUCUAUGGCACCAUAGUUGGUUGGGCAUCCCCAAUGACUCCUAAGCUUCAAAGUCCUGAUCCACCAGUGGGAUUAACUCCAAUGAGCGAUGAAGUAGUAUCCUGGUUGACUGGUGUGCUUUGCAUAGGUGCACUUAUGGGAACACCCGUUUUUGGAGCGAUUUCAGAAAAGUUUGGUCGCAAGAUCGCCGGAUGUCUUCUAACCAUUCCUUAUGGAAUCUGCUGGAUAACGACGAUCUUUGCUCAAGAUCAAACUUAUCUUCUCGUAGCCAGAUUUUUCGCUGGUGUAGGUGCUUCCGGGUCGAUACUGCUGGUACCAUUGUAUGUGGGUGAAAUAGCCAGUAGUGGAAGACGAGGGAUGUUGGGGAGUCUUCUGGUCUUGUUCAUCAACGUCGGCAUCCUGAUAGGUUUCGUGGCUGGAGCUAUACUUUCGUUUAAAGUUUUUGCCAUAUGCGCACUGGUACUACCAUUAUGCUACCUGGGAGCUUUCGUAUUUUUGCCCGAAAGUCCUGUUUAUUUGGUGCGAUGUAACAGGACUAAAGACGCUGCGAGGGCUCUUCUGUGGUUGAGAGGAGGUGACAAACCUACAGUUGACCGGGAAUUGUUAAGCUUGCAAGCACAAGUCAAAGAAGCUGCUGCCCUGAAUGGAAAAGUUAGUUUUAAAGAUUUAUUUGCAAAUAAGGGCACUUUCAAGGGACUCAUUAUAGUCUUGGGUCUUUUGGGUGGCCAACAGCUUUGUGGUAUUUUUGCAAUGGUCAAUUAUGCAGCAACGAUAUUCCAGAUGGCAGGAAGUUCAAUGUCACCAAACACGGCUUCAAUAAUAGUAGGAGCUAUUCAGGUAUUCGGUUCCUAUUUGUCAACCAGCUUGAUGGAGAGGGCUGGAAGAAAACUUUUGAUUUUAAUAUCCUGUAUAGGGAUGUGUAUAUGUCACUGCACUCUAGGAACCUUUUGCUAUUUGCAAGCCUUAAAAUAUGAAGUUUCAUCCUUCAGUUGGAUUCCUGUAACUGCAUUAUCAGUAUAUGUUGUAGUAUACUGUUUAGGAAUGGGUCCAGCACCAUUUGUAGUAGCAUCCGAAGUUUUCAGUGCAGAAAUGUCAAGUCUGGCCAAUUCAGUGUCUCUUAUCUUCCUUUGGGCACUGGGCUUUUUCGUUGUCAAGCUCUUUGGUACAUUCAUGGGCCUUUUUGGUAUACAUGGUUGCUUCUUCAUACUGGCUGCAUUCUGUUCCUGUACUUUUGUCUUUACUUUGAUAUUGGUACCAGAAACCAAAGGCAGAACAAUACAAUCCAUCUUGGAUGAACUUAAUGGGUUUCCAGUAAACUCUCACAAUGGAGAUUACAGAACAACUAAUAUUGAAGUAAAAAAAGAUUUUCCAAUACCGGAGCAAGUUUGACCAUAUAUUAAACACUUUGUUCCAUUUCUCAUAUCAUCUGAUAUCGUAAAUCUUUAGAAUCCGCGACCAAACCAUAUUUAAAGUAUUAAUUUAUACUGUCCCUGUUUAUACACAUUUUGAAAAAGAUGCAAAUUUUUAGGAUUAUAUUAUUUAUCGACAUGACACUUAUCAUGUGUCAGUAAGACAUAAAAUAUCGACAGAGUACUGAUUACCACGGUUACAAUAAUUUCAUAUAUCACUUAAAUUCAUUCACAAUAGGACUAGCAAGUGCAGUGAAUGUAUCAUGUAUUUUACGUAAGUUACAAUUAGUAUCAACGUUGUUUUAGGGUGAUUACUGAUGAAACCUUCAUCGAUAUGCAUACCUGGCUAAGAAUUUUGUAACAGAAACAGUCUUCCCAGUGAAGUUUCCUUCUGAAGAUGUAUUCGCUUAGUUUGAAAGAUAUUCUUGCUCUUUCUUCGUACUUAUAUUUUCAAUUAAGGAUUGACAAAAUGUUAAAAGUAUUGUUUGGACGACAGAGCUUUAGGAUCUCGCGUUGCCCUUUUUUAGGGAUUACUGCACUAUUCAGCACUAUCUGUCCAUCCGCCAUUAGUAGUGUUGGCUGGUGUUGGCAUUCUUCCCUGUGACGUCAUGUUCUCUAAUAAUUGAGAUAUAGUGGCGACACUAUGUGGCGAAAUGAAGCAACAUAUCGAAUAUAGCUUAAACUGCCGACAUUUUCAUCGGUCGGUUCAUUUGAAUUAAAUUAUGAAAUUGCUUUUCACACGGUAGAAUGAGAAUCUACUUUUUAAUUACUAUAGUGUAAUGCAUAAAGAAACGGAGCCAUAUCUUAGUACUAGAUUAUUUUUUCUUACAUUGUUACUAGAAUACGCCGUCAUAAUUGGGUCGCGAGAUAAAUUGCAUUUCGUGGGGCCAAGUGUCUUAUGCUUUACAGUGUAAAAGAGUCACCUAAAUUAAAAAGUUAUUUCCCGAUCCAAUUAUAUGAAUGAUUUACAGUAUAGCAUUGCGAUUUACAUAAUUGUUAAAGAUUCUAUUUAUUGUUCGUCUGUAAUUAUUUGUAAUAAAAAAAUAUAUAUUGUACUUUAAA